AAACGUGUAAGAGUACUUAUAACGCGGGUUGUUGUACAGCUGUCUUCUAAGCAAUUCUCGCAUAGUAACAGUUAUGUCGAUAUUGUCGAUGCAGCAAUAAAUAUCGCGACUGGAAACUGGUAUAGCUUUAAAUUCCUAUCCCACGACAGGAGAAGAGUCGGUUUGUCUGGGUCAAUUUGGGUUGUGGUCACGACAACUAGUCGCCUGGGUCAUCUGCAGUCGUCUACUUACAGCGAAGUGAACGAAAAAUUAAUUAAUCGAAAUGCCUAAUAUUAUAAAUGAUAUUAAAUUAGAUUUUAAAGAUGUGCUGCUCCGGCCGAAGAGGAGCACGUUAAAGAGCAGAUCCGAUGUCGAUCUUUACAGAGAAAUUAAAUUUCGCAACUCUGGACAAACUUACAAGGGAAUACCAGUAAUGGCUUCGAAUAUGGACACGGUUGGAACAUUUGAAAUGGCCAAAGCCUUGUCGAAACACGGCCUGUUCACCACCGUGCACAAGUAUUAUUCGCCAGAAGAAUGGAAAGAGUUCGCGCUCAACAAUCCCGAAUGCAUUCAACAUAUGGCUGCUAGCUCUGGCACGGGGAAGGAUGAUUUCGAACGACUGUCGAAUGUUCUGGCGGCCGUUCCAAAUUUAAUAUUUAUUUGCUUGGACGUAGCGAAUGGAUACUCGCAACACUUUGUAGAAUAUGUUAGGAAAGUGAGAGCAGAAUUUCCCAAUCACACCAUAAUCGCAGGGAACGUGGUCACUGGCGAGAUGGUCGAAGAGUUGAUACUAUCCGGGGCCGAUGUGAUCAAAGUUGGAAUUGGUCCAGGAUCGGUGUGCACGACGAGGAUGAAGACCGGCGUUGGAUAUCCACAAUUGAGCGCUGUGAUCGAAUGCGCGGACGCUGCUCAUGGCUUGAAAGGACACAUUAUUUCUGAUGGCGGUUGCACGUGUCCGGGUGAUUUAGCAAAGGCAUUCGGUGCCGGGGCAGAUUUUGUAAUGGCCGGUGGCAUGUUCGCUGGGCACGACGAAUGUGGCGGGGAGAUUAUUGAAAAAAAUGGGAGGAAACUGAAACUGUUUUAUGGGAUGGCAUCGAGCACGGCAAUGAAGAAACACGCCGGUGGUGUCGCCGAAUACAGAUCGUCGGAAGGUAAAACCGUGGAAGUACCUUAUAAAGGGCCGGUGGAGAACACCGUGUUGGAUAUACUGGGUGGUUUACGGUCCGCCUGCACGUACACGGGAGCCGAACGAUUACGCGAAUUACCUCGACGUGCCACGUUCGUACGUUGCACACAACAAUUAAAUCCGAUGUAUGGCCCGCCGCCAGAGAUCUGAAGAUCUGUUCCUAGAUUUAACGCGGUUAUAGAUAAAAUAUCCACUGGGUCAAUUAACAGAGUGGUAUUAUUUGCUGGCAAAUAAUAUUUAGAAGCUUAAAUUAACAUAGAUAUAUACGUACUUGCGUUCCGAUUCAUUCGAUUCAACGAGUUUUCUUCGUGUAUAAACAUUUUGUUCACAUGAUAGCGUUUUCUUUCUAUGAACGCUUCGUGCGUGAUUGUACAUAUUGUGUAUGUAUAUCGAUGGAUAUGUUCGGCGUAGAGGUAGAAUUUGUUAAAGUAAGGUAUCGACGAAUGUAUUUUUUAAUGAUUCUAGAACGAUUAUGUGUUGAACACACAUACAUGUAUAGGUUUGGAUAGUCUGAUCGCAUAUGUACAUAUAUUGUACACAUGUACAUAAUGUAUAAAUUGAACGCUUACGUACGAUGCGUGUCUGUAGAACAAAUUAUUAUGUAUACACCGAGUGAAACAUUGAAGUAUCGAAAGCUGGAAUCAUGAAAUGAUCAUUAUUUCACGUGCAAUAAAUAAUUGUGGGCUUUGAAAUGUA